ACACAAUUGGUUGCAUCGUCGAUCUCGGCAACCGCGAUGCAGCAUGGGUUCUGGGGACCCGUCACGAGCAACAUGGACUGGUGUGAAGACAACUACGCGUGGUCGUACUAUAUUGCCGAGUGGUGGAACACGUGGAGCAAUGUGCCGUGGAUCGCCGUUGCAGUCUACGCCAUGUACAAGUCGAGCGAAGCGUUCUUGGAGUCGAAUCAACCAGCGUCGAUUCGACGGGCGUACUGGGUCCCGUUGAUCGUGUUCAGCGGGUCGUUUGCGUUUCACUCGUCGUUGACCCAUGUGGGCCAGCAACUCGACGAGUUGCCCAUGCUGUACGGGUGCUUUUACUUUCACUACGUCACGCUGCGCCACAUCCCCGGCAUGAAGUGGACCGUCCUGGGCUUGUGUGCCCUCAUGACGGUGCUGAUGAUCAUCUUUCGCCAGUCCAUCGUGCCGUUCAUCAUCUCGUAUGCUCUUCUGGUGAUUGGUCUGCUUGUACGUAGCUACCACCUCAUGACGACGCACCACGACUUGCUACAAUCGCAGAUCCUCCAGCGAGGGUUCUACCUGUACGCGGUUGGGUUUAUCUUGUGGGUUGUCGAUCAGCAGUUCUGCUCCAUCGUCAAGCCACUGCAUCUGCAUGCGUUCUGGCAUCUCUUUUCCGGCGCAGGAACGUUCUACUGGAUCCAGUUUGCGUGCGCGCACGAGUUUGUCGUCACCAAGAAAGGCCUCAGCGUCCGCAACAUUGCAGCGGUCCUCCCCUUUGCAACCACCUCGAAAAAACCACUCGAUUAACGCAUGUACAACAUGCACCCGAAAUGCUGCUCCUCGUUGUUGUCC